AUGGCCACGGACCUGUACAUAACCCUAACGCCCACUGCGUCAUGUAGCAGCAGUUGGGGCACCUGUCCUGCCAGUGACCUCCUGGCCCGGAAGUGGGCCGCAGCUGUCAAGCGAAGAGCUCAGUUGGAGACGACAGCAAAGCACGAGGCCGACCACGAAGCUGAGUGUAAUGUGUCGAGGACGGAGACCGACCACAGCUCGGAGACGGGGAACGGGGGGUCGCUGCGGACAGAGGAAGACGACGUGUCGACGCGGGCCGACUCCGACGUGGGUAUUGAGGACGAGAGGGAAGUUGGUCAAGCAGAGGACGAGGAAGACGACGACGUCGACGAUGCAGAGGGGAAGAGUGAUGUGAUACCGACGUAUGUGUGUGCAUUGCAUGACCCCAAGCCAGUCCUUGUCGCCGAGCAGAUCCCGUGCCAUCGCGUCGACAUACGGCCAUGCCAAGCUGGAAAUGGACUGGACAACAGGUCUGGAAACAAUGUGUUUCAGUACGAAAUCGCGCUCGGACGUACGCACCAGACGUUUGUGUGCUCACCGUCGAAGACACUGAAGAUAUUCAGGAAGCUGUCACGAGACAAGGCGUGUGCAGACCAGUUGCAGUUUGUUGAGACAAACUGUCUGAAAGGCGGCAUUCUCGGGCUGCUCAAGCGGAUGUGCACGUCGCCUGUUAAGAUGUCUACGGAAGUACGGGACGUCCUGGACGCUAUUUCGGACAUGGACACUUUGCUCAUGAACUCGACGUAUCAGGAUCUUGUCGGAGCAACGAAGGGCUCUAUGUUGUCGCGUGAGCUUGAGAAGCUAUUGGAGUCGCACGACGAGACACUAGUGUCCGGUACACCGUGUAUGUGCAACGCGUACUACGCAUCUGUCAAGCGAUACGGCGAUUUCUUCCAUCAGCAGGCACAGACAGCAAAGCAGAUUCGUCAUUCUACCGUGGCGAGUGAGACGCUCAUGAGGUCUCGUAGUGUGCUUUCCUACUACUCGGACACGAUCUACAUUCUGGACAAGCGCAUGUUUCGCCCCAUGCAUGGCCUCAAGCAGUGCAUUGUGUACGGCUUUGGUCGUCGCAAACUCUUCGAGAUCGUGCGGACGUCUCGCAAGCAAUGGUCGUUGCGCCACAUGGACUACGGCGAGAUCUUCACGCUGUCGCUGACGAAAUAUGCCGGAGACGUGCACCACAUGGUUGCAAUAAAGCGCAUGGUGCCCGACGUGCAGCAUGGCGGUCUACGGCAGGAGAAUGUAUGUUUUGUGAAGAAAUCAAAGCGCCAGGGCUACCGCUGUCUGCUCAUGUCGGAGGUCAUCUCGCAGGGCAAAGUCACGACGUCGAUCUCGAUCCAGCAGCCGAAAUCGCCGCAAGGGGACCCGAACUUCCAUUACAUGACGAUGAGCGAAGUGUCCGGUCGAGCGCCUGCUUCAGUAUGCAGCAGCACGCUGAGCGUCCCGUGUGAACGCUACAAGUACCUGCAGCGUCUGAAUGUGAGUGGCGGCAGCGAUGUAGUCCUGUACAUGGCAAUUGCUGUGAGCUACGACAUUCUUGUUGGCGCGCUUAGCUACUGGUUGGAGCGCAAAUAUUAG